AUGACGCUGAAGGAGUUCUUAGACCACUAUAAGAAGGAGACUAAGCUAGACAUCACCAUGAUGAGUUGCGGUGUCAGUAUGAUCUACUCGUUCUUUAUGAACGCGGCCAAACGCAAGGAGAGACUCGGCAUGGAUCUUCAGAAGGUAGUAGAGGAGAUGAACAAGAAGCCUCUACCAGCACACCAGGAAGCGCUAGUGUUCGAGGUCUGCGUACAGGACGAGAAUGACGAGGACAACGAUGACAUAGAAGUGCCAUACAUCCGCUACACGCUCAAUUGA